GCAGCCCAGGAAAAGAGUCUGAGCGGAGGCUACCCAUUACAAGACCACGAUCUAGCGGACCCAGGCCUCUUCGUCCAGCACACUUACCUUCACUUCCUAUGGCUUCCUCACUCAAUCACGCCCCUCUCUGUCUUUAUUCCCUCUCUUCUUCGCAUCCGAGCACUUCCAGAUGUCGCAGAAGACCAACCACAUCCUCUUCACGCCUUGAUAGAACCUCUUCUCCUCUCCCUUCGCACAGUCGCGAACAAGUACCGCAAUGAGCUCCCUCGGAUUAUUGCCGACGGCGGCGGUGCAGGCGAAGUAGAGGAGAGUAUGAUGUGGUAUGCGCUGGGGUAUGAGAAAACCGAUGCUAGCGCGGAGCGUAGCGAACACCUCAGCCGAGAAGACCCUGUAAUGUUAGAAAACAAAUGGAUAUCCAGCUGGCUCGAGCGCAUGGAGCAGCGUGAAGUCCAGAUCCAGAUCCUGCUCUAUUUCCUCAAGCUCUCUCUU